CUUUCACUUUGUGUCUCUCCCUUCUUCUACUACUAAAUCUCUCUCUGGUUACUUUUGUGUCUUUGUAAAGUCUUCAUCAAGUGUCGUGCAUGCAUUUUUAUGCGUUUCGUACUCUCUUGCAUGCUCUCUCUCUUUCUCUCUCUAUCUCACCCAUAAUCCUAAUUUUCACAUCGAAGAACUAAAUUAUAAAAAAAAAAAUCACCCAAAAAAAAAAAAAACCAAAAAAAACCAAAACCUCGUUGCCUUCUUCUUCUUCUUCUUCUUCGCCGUUACAGUCCUCUUCAAUUCGCCGUCUAAAAAAAUCUUCUCUUUUUUAAUCUCCCCGCCGGUGUUUUCACACUCCUUUUUCACCAACAAUCCUCUGAUCUCUCUGUCUCUCUACAUGGCUUCGAUUUCGACCCACAACGUCGAUGCAUGUUUCCAUGACUAAAGUCUAAUCCUUUUUCAAUUUUAAAAUCAAUUCACGUCGAUUUCAUCUCCGAUUCGGUGUUCUAGUUCUCUUAGGGAUUUACGAUUUUGGGGGAAUUGGGAUUCGAAUUCGAAAAUCUAGGUGUGAUGUUUGAAGUCAAAAUGGGGUCAAAGAUGUGCAUGAACGCUUCAUGUGGUACGACCUCUACUGUUGAAUGGAAGAAAGGUUGGCCUCUUCGAUCUGGUCUCCUUGCUGAUCUCUGUUAUCGUUGCGGAUCUGCAUAUGAGAGUUCUCUUUUCUGUGAACAAUUCCAUAAGGACCAAUCUGGUUGGAGGGAAUGCUAUUUGUGCAACAAGAGACUACAUUGUGGAUGCAUUGCUUCUAAGGUAAUGAUUGAGCUUAUGGACUAUGGUGGUGUUGGUUGUAGUACUUGUGCUAGCUGCCAUCAACUCAAUUUGAAUAAGAGGGGUGAGAAUCCAGGUGUGUUUAGCAGAUUGACAAUGAAAGCGUUAGCUGAUAGGCAACAUGUGAACGGGGAAAGUGGGAUGAAUAUUGAGGGAGGAAGAAACGAAGCAGAUCUCUUUUCUCAAGCCCACAGAGGUGAGGCUCAGCCACUAGUCAUGGGCGGGGAUAAAAGAGAAGAGUUCAUGCCUCACCGUGGGUUUGGUAAUACCACCACCGGGUACAGGCUGGAUGCUGGGGAAAUGCAUGAAUCAUCACCGUCACAGCCAUCUUUGAACAUGGGUUUGUCAGUACUUCCAUAUAGCCCAUCUUUUUCAACCGAAGGUAUCGAGGGAAAGAAACACAUUGGUGCUUCUUCUCAGUCCAACAUGGUCCAUUGCUCUGCCUCUAACAUUCUGCAAAAGCCGUCAAAACCUGCUAUGUCAACUCCUCCUGUGGGUAGUAAAUCUGCUCAGGCCCGGAUUGGAAGGCCUCCUGUCGAAGGGCGAGGGAAAGGCCAUUUACUUCCGCGGUAUUGGCCUAAAUAUACAGAUAAAGAGGUUCAGCAAAUCUCUGGAAACUUGAAUUUGAACAUUGUACCUCUUUUUGAGAAAACUCUCAGUGCCAGUGAUGCUGGUCGCAUUGGUCGUCUAGUUCUUCCAAAAGCUUGUGCAGAGGCAUAUUUUCCUCCAAUUAGUCAAUCAGAAGGCAUUCCUUUGAAAAUCCAAGAUGUGAAGGGUAAGGAGUGGACGUUCCAGUUCAGAUAUUGGCCUAAUAACAACAGUAGAAUGUAUGUCUUGGAAGGUGUCACUCCUUGCAUACAGUCCAUGUUGCUACAGGCUGGUGAUACAGUAACUUUCAGUCGAGUUGAACCUGGUGGAAAACUAAUCAUGGGUUCCAGGAAGUCAGCUAAUGGUGGAGACAUGCAGGGUUGUGGUGUCACCAACGGUACUUCAACUGAGGACACAUCAUCGUCUGGUGUUACAGAAAACCCACCCUCCAUAAAUGGUUCCUCGGGUCCCUCAGUAAUACCAAAAGAAUCGAAUGGUAUGCCUGAGAAUUUGAGCUCACCUUAUGGUGGUAGUAGUAGCACAAAGAAUGAGAAUAACGGGGGCAGGAUAGGUGAUGAUCCUACACGAGUUAAAGAGAAGAAGAGAACGCGAACCAUCGGGGCCAAAAAUAAGAGACUUCUUUUGCAUAGUGAAGAGUCUAUGGAGCUGAGACUCACCUGGGAAGAAGCUCAGGACUUGCUUCGUCCCGCUCCUAGUGCAAAGCCUACCAUCGUCGUCGUUGAGGAGCAUGAAAUUGAAGAAUUUGACGAACCUCCUGUCUUUGGAAAGAGGACUAUAGUCACUACAACACCUUCAGGUGAACAAGAACGAUGGACAUCUUGUGACGACUGCUCGAAAUGGAGAAGGUUACCUAUAAACGCUCUUCUUCCCUUCAAAUGGACAUGUAUAGACAAUGUUUGGGACGCGAGCAGGUGUUCAUGUUCUACACCGGAGGAGAGUCUGAAGGAACUUGAGAAUGUUCUUAAAGCAGAGUACAAGAAGAGAAGAACUGGGGAAAGCCAGGCAGCAAAAAGUGAGCAAGAACAGUCUGGUUUGGAUGCACUAGCGAGUGCAGCAGUCUUAGGAGACACAAUAGGCGAGCCAGAGGUUGCAACCACAACCAGACAUCCAAGGCACCGGGCUGGAUGCUCUUGCAUUGUGUGCAUUCAGCCACCAAGUGGGAAAGGUAGGCACAAGCCCAACUGCGGGUGCAACGUGUGUAGCACCGUGAAGAGAAGGUUCAAGACGCUUAUGAUGAGGAGGAAGAAGAAGCUGUUAGAACGCGAUGGACCAGCAGCGGAAGAUAAGGAGAAGAAGGACAUGGAACAGGCUGAGUCUGAUAAGAGUAAGGCAGAGAAGGAGGCGAACUCAGCGAGGAUAGAUCUGAACAGUGAUCCAUACAACAAAGAAGAUGUUGAAGCUGUUGCGGUGGAGAAAGACGAGAGUAGGAAAAGAAAAAUAGGGGAGAGUUCAGGCGAGGCUCAAGACGGUGAUGGUUUAGGAGUUAAGGAGUUAGAAGGAGAGGCUGAGAAAAUUGGUGAAGAUCCGAGAGGUUCAAGCUGAUAUGGAAGGAAAAAAGGGAAAGACCAAAAGCUGAGGACAGUGUAGAAGAAGGAGUGAGAAUGAGAGAGAGGUACAGUUUUGUGUUUGAUUAUGUUGUGUCAUAGUUGUAGGAAAAAUAAGUUUUAGGUUCAAGAGUCAAGACCUUAGGUUCAAGAGUCAAGACAACCAGAAAUGAUCCGUCUUUUGUUUUUGUAAUUUUUUUUUCUUUUUCAAAUGGUUUGUGGUGAGUUUAGUAUGUUAUGUCUCCAUUAAUGUGGGUUUUUGUAGAAGGCAAAUAGAGCUUAAUGGCUUGGUGAUGUAACAUUUGAAUUUCUUUUUAUUGUUUCCAACCUCACAUGGAAUUGGCAUUAGGAUUUAAUUAAGGAUCAUUCUUCUUAA